AUGUAUUCUUCCUCAUCUGUAUCAAAACGCCACGUUAUGGUCCCUAUCUUGGCCGUGGUGGCCAUACAAUUUCUCCUUAAUAUACCCAGCGUUUUCUCCUUGAAUAUGACUAAUGCGUAUCUACAACACAAAUGCUUUGUCAGUCAAGGGAAAUACAAGCCGGGAAGUGAGUACGAGAAAGACCUCAUAGAUAUCAUCGAUUCCCUCCCUUUGACCAGUAAUUUUACCCGCGGUUUCGAAAUGAGUUCCUCUGGUGAAGGUCCUAAUUACGUAUCCGUCACACAUCAGUGCCGUGGCGACUCCUAUGGUGCGAAAUGCCGCUCUUGCUAUUCCACCACCAUCUCUGAGCUUCGUAGAAGAUGUCCAAGAUACAAAGGGGGAAUAAUAUGGUACGACCAAUGUCUUCUAGUCAUUUCUGCGGUCAAUUAUUUUGGGAAGAUCGAUUACGACAACAAUUUCUGUAUCUCCAAUGCGAAGAAAUUUAGCGUCGGACAUUAUUCUAACGUGCCUUGGGGAAUUUUCAUAGAUAAUCUGACAACUAUAGCCAUCAGUGAAAAAAAUCCCACGGAGCUGUACGCAGCGGGGGAGAGGAAGAUCGGGAGGGAUAAAGUGUACGGAAUGGUGCAGUGUACGCAAGAUCUAUCGUCAAAGGGUUGUUUGGAGUGUGUGACAAGUAAUAGCGUGAAUUUUCAAAAGUGCAUGUUUUAUAAACGUGGAGCGAGAGUUAUUGGUAGGAGCUGUAACAUUAGGUAUGAGUUUUAUCCUUUUGUUGCUGUUGGUCCUAAUUAUUUGAAGACCUAA